GCUGGUUGGUUUGCAGAAGAAGCCCGUGACGGCAUCAUCUUGAAGCGAGUAAUGAGGAAAGCCGGCGAGGAGGCGGGGCUUUGAGGAUGAACGGGGCGGGGCGUCUCGCGGCAGCCGCAGUGCACGUAAGGGCCGGCGGCAGCAGCAGCGGCGAGUGAAUGACAAGCACAAGGUCGACCAUGGUCGUUUUCGGUUUGACCAUCGUCCGGCAUGGGGAAACAAGAUACAACAAAGAGAAGAUACUACAAGGACAGGGUGUAGAUGAGCCCCUCUCUGAGACUGGCUUCAGACAAGCCAAUGCUGCUGGUGUAUUUCUAAGCAAUGUAAAAUUUACUCAUAUCUUCACAAGUGAUCUUGUUCGGGCAAAGCAGACGACCGCCUCAAUUAUUGGAAUGAGUCAGUUUUGCAGAGAGGUUGCUGUAAAAUAUGAUGCCAGACUUCGAGAGCGGAAAUAUGGAGUGGCAGAAGGAAGGCCAUUGAGUGACCUCAGGACUAUGGCAAAAGCUGCUGGGGAGCAGUGUCCAUCUUUUACACCUUCUGGAGGAGAAACACUAGAUGAAGUAAAAACACGUGGGAAGGAUUUUUUUGAAUAUCUCUGCCAUCUUGUUACCCAAGAAGCAUGUCAAGAAAAGCAAGCUACCCCAAGGACAGCAAGAAAUGGCACAGAACUGGCAGAAGGAACUUCUACUGCCUCCUUGACAAACCACCACCACCACCACCACAGGGGACUGAAAUUUUAUUCGAAUUCUGAUGGACCUGCUGAAGUGCUGGAUGCCAACAUACUGAUUGUGAGUCAUGGGGCCUUCAUGAGAAACUGGAUUGGCUAUUUUGUAUCGGACCUAGAGUGCACUUUACCAGCCACUCUGACAAAGACUGAGCUGUCUUCUGUUAGUCCCAAUACUGGCAUUAGUCAGUUCAUUGUGAAACUUGAGAACAGAGACAACAUUAAACUUAAAAUCUGUUGCAUUUGUCUUAAUAGAGAUGAUCAUUUAGGUAACAUGCCAACUGAAAGCAUUUAGCUCUGAAACAUUAAAAGUAUGCAGCGUGUAAAAGCAUAUUUUCUUUUAAAUUAUUUGAGUGGUAUGGUGUGUUCUGGACAGCAAAAUACUCUCUGCUCAGGAGGGGGGGAAAUGAAGCAAAUUCAUAUUCUAUCUGGAAAGUUGACUUUUAGCAAUAUAUUGUUAGCAUUACAUAUAGUAUUACAGAAGUUAAACUCAGUCAUUUACUCAGAUGCACAACUGAAAUUACCAUGGAUGUUUUGGCCUGUACUGCAGUAUUACCUGAAGUACCCUGUUUGCGUGGAGAGACUUGUUCAGUCCCACCACAUAUUAUAUGUAGGACACCCCCACCCCCAUCAAAACAUAUAUUUAUGUACCUUAGCACUUUACCAAAAGAUUACUUGUCAGACAAGGUGGACUGACCAUUUUGGCCAAUGAAUUGGGGCAUCUGUGAGAGUGGCAGAAAGAGGCAGAUCUGGCCAUGGGGUAAAACCCACCAGGAAGUUCUGUUGUGCAAGCCUCACUGAAAUGAACAGGAGCUGCACACAAGCCUUUGUGCAGCUACCAUUCAUUUAAAUGAGACUUUUGCAACAGAACUUCCUGGAAGAUUGUGCCCCAUGUUAAUUUGCGAGAGGGGGGAUUCUGCUUUGGAUUUUUAACCAUGGGCACCAAAAUGCCUUAGGCCAAUCCUGCUUUUUAUUAAUACAUGUUUGAAUGUAUACCUUUUUAAAAAUACUUGGGAGCCAAUUUGGUUCCAUUCAAAGCCAGCCCCUCCCUUUUCAAUAUGUAACAGAGGGGAAUAUGACCAAGCAUGAAGCUGGACCUCCCUUCCCUCAGCCCUAUCUUCCUUAUUUCUUGCAGCGUGAAAAUUUAAAUUCAGUAAAUAGGAAUGCACAUGGAUUACAGCAUCUUGUCAGCUGGUUGUGACUCUCAGGGUCUCAGUCUGGGUUCCACAGAACCUUUGCCUUCUGACAUUCCUGUGUGUAAAUGUUAUCCCAAUUAGUUUUUGAAAUCUGUAGUACAGUACAGUCCACUAUCCAUAGAAAACAAAAUAGCACAUGCUUCACAGGUAACAUCAAAUGAAGUAAUAGGCUGUAUGAGAUAUGCUGAGGAUCAGUAACUGGAGGCCACAUGGCCAAAAGAGUACAACCUAACCCUCACUAGUUGCCAAUGUUGGAAGCUCCUGAGGGCUCUAGAAAUUGGAUUUGCAGUCAGUCCACUUUGGGAUAACUGAGAGGAGUGGAAUCACCUCUCUGUAUCCCUCAUAGAAUGGCACUCCUGUAAAGCAAGCUGCUAACCAAGGUCAGAUGCUGUCUGUUGAUCUAGUGCAGGAGAGUCAAACUGCAGCCCUCCAACGGCUGUUGGCCUACAGCUCCCAUCAUCCCUGGCUGCUGGCUAUUGUGGUUGGGGACAAGGGGACUGUAGGCCAACAGCAGCCAGAGAGCCACUGUUUGACACCCCUGAUCUAGUGGCUAGAUCCAAGCUUUGCCUUGGAUUCUGACACUAGCCUAGUUCACACAAUUUAUGAGGCCUGGUGGAAAAGCAGCAUACUGUCUCCCCUCUCCAAGUAAAUGAUUUGGGCAGUCCACCCCAAUGCUGGAUUAUGUGUGGGCCCUGCAUGAAACUGCACCAGCAGAGCUUCUGCAUAAUUGUUGGUGCGGAGUGUCCGAUUUGUCGAUUAAUCGCUUGCACGGUGGGGCUGAGGAGGGAGUGCCAGUUGCACCAUCAUGCAAAUGUCUAGUGAGCUGAAUGAACCAGCGCUUUAAAGAGUGAACCUAGAUGAACUAUACUCUUCCUCUAUAUCUCUGUUUUUCCAGGAUAAUAGUAAAGUUGUUUGUUUAACUACCUCUUAGCAGUGGAAGGAAGUUUAGUGAAGCACUUUAAUGCUCUUCCAGUGGUGAGCACAGUAUAGAUGCAAAUUAUUCAGAGCUGGUUUUCUUCCACAUUUGUAAUUUGCAUGUACCCCCAAAAAAGUUUAUCCUUCAAAAAACUGCUAGCAUGGAUGCUUGCUCUAAUUUUAAUAGUAUUUCCAGAACUUAAGAUAUAUGCACAGUUUGAGACCUUUUUGUUACUUUAAAACGUGUGUGUGAUUUCCCCACCACCACUCCAUUUCUUGUGUUUCUAUGUCUUUGGGAUGUUAGUGCUGUCUACCAGUAUGUAUAUGCAGAACUAUUUGUGUCCUCAUAUUAUAAAUAUUUUCAUUUGCUGAACUGAGUUUUUUAAAAAAAUUAAAAGUAUUCAACUCUA